UGGAGAAAUUGAUGAGGGAGAACGACGAGCUCAGAAGGAAAUUGGGAACGGGACGGGAACCAUUAGAGAGUGGGGUGGAGAAACUGAUGAGAGAGAUGCAGGAGCUAAGGAUGGAAAGAAGCAGGGAUCAGGAGAUGCUCUCUGGAAUGAAGGUCGAGAUUGGCCUGCUGAGGAAGGGAAAAAAUGCAGUCAAUGGAGGAAACGCAGUCGUGGAGAAAUGAGGCCUUGAGGCCGGGCAACAAGAGAGGGACGAUAUCAUUAUCCACUCCCGAGUGUGAUGAUCGGUUGAGGUCAAGGCAGCGAGUCAUUAUGUCACCAAAUGUGGAACUAAGAGAGGAAAUUCGAAAGAUGAAAGAUUCAGAAUAUUGCACGAUGAGAGAAAUGGAAGUGAUCAAACAAAGGAAGGCGGAUGAGGCAAAAGGAAUCGAGGCAGAAAGAAAGAAGUUAGAAGCGGAAGCUGAGGUCACUAAGUUGCGUGAGCAGGUGGAGAAGCUCUCCAUGGAGGUGGUGGUUGUGCCAACAGGUGGCACAAAUAUGAAAGGAAGACUGGAGGCGGUGGCGGCUAGUGGGCAAAAAACAGUGAGAAGGGGUAGACCAAGGUUGACGCCAGCAAAAACACCGAGGAAAGAUGAUGGGAUGAAAGAUGCUAACGAUCGUUUUAUUUUCCUACGGGAAGAAAAUAAGAGAUUGCGGGUGCUGAAGAAGUCGGGGCUUGAGGCAAUCUGUCAGCAAGAGGGAAUCGAGUAUAAGACCGUGGAUGCAACAACGGAUGAGCUGGCGGAAAUUAGGGUGAAUGCAAGGAGAUUUGAUAUGAACAUUCGUAGUCAUCUUGUGAUCAGGAUUACGUAUGAUGAGUGCCUCAACAAGGCAGGGAUUCACAAGUUGUGUGCUGCCAUGAUAGGUAAAUUGGAUAUUGUUGAGGGUUGGAAAUGGAUGAUGGUUCAACGAAUGAGGUUGGUGUGGAAGAAUAAUAUGAGAAUUGGUGACAUCCUAUACAACUUCCGAAGGGUGGCAAGAGAAGGAGAUGUGGGAUGUGGGUGUGGGGAAGCGGAUCGGAUGUUCACGAGAAAGGAUGGACACGUCUGUUUUAAAAUGGGAGAGGUGGGAUUUGUACCUACAUGGAUGAGAAAUGCAAAGAACGUCCCCAAACCAUCGCGACGAUGCACGAUUGGGACAUUGAAGAAACAAAUUAUGUCGACAUUUGAACCUCUCCUUAUGACAACUUCUGUAUCGUGUGGUGAAAUUGGGCUCCUGCUUUCCGGUCAACUGAUGAAGGAUUGUUUUAAUCGUGCUGCUGUGAACAAUGAGGUGGUGUGUACCACGGAUGAAGUGUAUUUGUGGAGGGAGCGCUUUGAAGGAUUAGUCCGCUGUCCAAUUGAUCACAAUCCGGGGGACUCUUUGGUCUGCUGCCCCGGGAUCUAUCAGUUGGGGAUGAAGAAAAUGUUUUUGGAGAAUGUUGGCUUUGAGGUUUGUUCGGAGGGUGAAGAUGAAAUUAAUUUACGUAAUGGCAAGAAGUACAGAGAAAUGGGAUUAGAGAGCGUGGCGAGAUGGAAUUUGAAGGGCAGAAUGGGGAGAUGUUACGUAAUCCCUACGCAUAGGCGGCCGAUUUGCCCGACCUAUGAGGAGUGUGGAGUGGUGGCAAGCAAGCGGGUGUCGAGAGCAGUUAACAGGCUGUUGUGGGACUUGCCGUUAAGAAACAACUUCAAUAUGCGGAGUACGAAAGAGUUGGUGAAGAGGAUAACUGAGGCAAACAAAGAAUUGAAAAGCGAUGGGGGGUUUGUGGGUGCGGCCUUCGACAUAAAGGAGAUGUUUUGUUAUCUCCCGCAUGAUGCCAUAGUGAGGGCGAUGGAAUGGAUACUGGACUACUGGAUAGCUCAAGGGGCUAAAGGAAUAUUGCUGAAGGGAAAGGGUAAGGAAGCCAAGAUACGGAUGGGGGAUGGGCAGGAUGGGUGGAAGGGAGGUUGGUUUUGAAGACGUGGUGCGCUUCAUCGAGUUUGAUUUGGGGUGCACAUAUGUG